UCUUGUCUUUUACUUCUAACCAUCGGUAUCUUCAUUACUUCAGGAUCUUUCCUUUCGUUCCUCACAUCAAAAUAGUAGAGGGGAAAAGGCAUCAACUACAACAAUUACCGAAAUGAAGCUUUGUGUGCUACUUUUAUGUUUGAUAUGCUCAGUAACAGCUAUCGUGAUUCAGCCACGGCCAACUGCUACAUUAAGCAGCAGUACUAUAGCAACUGCCGCUGUUGUCGCAAGAGGAUCGCCAACACCUGCACCAAGAGCGCUGCAGAAACGUGAUGUAGAGGAUACACUUAGUCUCUAUGAAUUCUGGGCCGACGCUUGUGAGAAUAAGUAUGAUGCCGACACAAAUGUGAAAGUAGCUGUAUCAGACUUGAAUAUGCUAUGGCAGACGGUGACAACGACUGUAUAUUGUGGAAAUGGUAAAUUGAAAACAGUAACAAAGACAGUAACCAAAACAUCAACAACUACGAAAACUAAAGGUGCAAGUUCCGGUGGAGGCUCUGGUAGCAGUAAGAAGAACAAUUCUUGCGACAAUAAAUGUUGGAGCAACUAUCUAUGGCACACAUAUGGUCACGGCAUAUCCGUUGCUCAAGGCUUUACAGGCAUUGUCCUGAUGCUACUGGGUGUCUAUUUUCUUAUCUUUGGCUUUAGUUCGUUCAGAGGAACUUUAGCUGCUGUCGGAUUUACUUUUUUUGCUCUAAUGACUUGGAUUGGCUUGGUGAAUAAUGAACCUAUGUAUGGUUAUCCUCACAAUGAAAUCGUAUAUACUUGUGUAAGCGUGGGCAUUGGGCUUAUUGGCGCCUUCUUGUUCGUAUUCCUGUACGGUAUCUCUUUAUACUUUAUUGGUGGUGUAGCAGGUCUAUUCCUUGCUGUGUUUAUUUUGUCUUGGAAAGAAAAUCUAGUUAUACAAAUCCCUGUUGCACGAAUCUGCUUCAUUAUCGGCAUGGGAGUCAUAUUUGGUAUUUUAUUGAUUCUCGCGGAGAGUUACAUAGUCAUAUUUUGUACAGCAUUUACUGGCGCCUAUCUCUUUAUCCUCGGCUUGGAUCUGUUUAUUCAUACUGGCUUGAUCAAUGCUUUCUUAUCCAUCUUUGAUGGCAACAAAAACCAUGUCAAUAUUUACAUUAUAAGAAUGCAAGUAUAUGUCAUGCUUGCCUUUGUAAUUAUCAUAAUGUUGAUAUCCUUUGCAUGGCAGUAUUAUUGGAACGUGUACUCAAGAAAGAAGAGAUUUGGUAUCCAUGUUGAAGAUAAGAAGGACUGCGAAGAAAAGAAAUAGAUAUUAUUCACUUUAAGAAAAUCAUCGACAAAAGCUUAUAUUGUCCACAAUUUUAAAUUUUGCUCUUUCAUCAAUUAUACUCUCCAUUCAUUUAUAUUCCACAGUUCAUAUUAAAUCGCUUAUUUUGCAACAUUUAAAAGAAUUCUUUUCGUUAUGGAAGUG